AAUGUUGGCUAUUUGGCGAUGAGGAGAGUCAAAAAUUGACUUCAUUCUGGUGUACAGACACUACGGGACUGGACCUUCUGCUUCAUGGGCUGCCGGCCUCCACUGAUAAUGCCAGAAAGCCUUUGUGUCUGCUGGAAAACACUGAUCUGAUCUUGGAAGUGGCUGGUCGUGGCAGGAUGUGUCGACGAUGAUGAUGGCAAGAAAGCAAGAUGUCCGCAUUCCCACCUACAACAUCAGUGUGGUGGGAUUGUCCGGGACAGAGAAGGAGAAAGGCCAGUGCGGCAUUGGGAAGUCUUGUCUGUGCAACCGCUUUGUGCGUCCGAGCGCUGAUGAAUUUUACUUGGACCACACCUCCGUCCUCAGCACCAGCGACUUUGGGGGGCGAGUGGUCAAUAAUGACCACUUUCUCUACUGGGGAGAAGUUAGCCGAUCCUUGGAGGAUUGUGUGGAAUGUAGGAUGCACAUUGUGGAGCAGACUGAAUUCAUCGACGAUCAGACGUUCCAGCCUCAUCGAAGUACAGCCCUGCAGCCCUACAUCAAGAGAGCCGCUGCUACCAAGCUCGCGUCAGCUGAGAAACUCAUGUACUUUUGCACUGACCAGCUGGGGCUGGAGCAGGACUUUGAGCAGAAACAGAUGCCGGAUGGAAAGCUGCUAGUCGAUGGUUUUCUGCUUGGUAUUGAUGUCAGUAGGGGCAUGAAUAGGAACUUUGAUGACCAGCUCAAGUUUGUCUCCAAUCUCUACAAUCAGCUUGCAAAAACAAAAAAGCCCAUAGUGGUGGUCUUGACUAAGUGUGAUGAGGGUGUUGAGCGGUACAUUAGAGAUGCACAUACUUUCGCCUUAAGCAAAAAGAACCUCCAGGUUGUGGAGACCUCAGCGAGAUCCAAUGUAAAUGUGGACUUGGCUUUCAGCACCUUAGUGCAGCUCAUAGAUAAAAGUCGGGGAAAGACAAAAAUCAUUCCCUACUUCGAAGCACUGAAGCAGCAGAGUCAGCAGAUAGCCACAGCCAAGGACAAGUACGAGUGGCUGGUGAGUCGCAUCGUGAAAAACCACAAUGAGAACUGGUUGAGUGUCAACCGGAAGAUGCAGACCUCUCCCGAGUACCAGGAUUACGUCUACCUGGAGGGGACGCAGAAAGCCAAGAAGCUGUUUCUCCAGCACAUCCACCGCCUCAAGCAGGAGCACAUUGACCGCAGAAGGAAGUUCUACCUGGCAGCCCUGCCCUUAGCCUUCGAAGCGCUCAUCCCCAACCUCGAUGAAAUAGACCACCUCAGCUGCAUAAAAGCCAAAAAGCUCUUGGAGACCAAGCCAGAGUUCUUGAAGUGGUUUGUUGUGCUUGAAGAGACACCAUGGGACGCCACCAGCCACAUCGACAACAUGGAGAACGAGCGGAUUCCCUUCGACUUGCUGGAGACCUUCCCCGCAGAGCAGGUGUAUGAGAGCCACCUCGAGAAGCUGCGCAGCGAGAGGAAGCGAGCCGAGAUGAGAAGGGCGUUCAAAGGAAACCUGGAAACCUCUCCUUUCAUAACUCCUGGAAAGCCGUGGGAAGAGGCCCGUAGUUUCAUUAUGAAUGAAGAUUUCUACCAGUGGCUGGAAGAAGCUGUGUACAUGGAUAUUUACGGUAAACACCAAAAGCAAAUUAUAGACAAGGCAAAGGAAGAGUUUCAGGAACUGCUUUUGGAAUAUUCAGAGUUAUUCUACGAGCUGGAGCUGGAUGCUAAGCCCAGCAAGGAGAAGAUGGGCGUCAUUCAGGACGUCCUGGGGGAGGAGCAGCGAUUCAAAGCCCUGCAGAAGCUCCAGGCAGAGCGCGAUGCCCUCAUUCUGAAGCACAUUCACUUCGUGUACCACCCAACCAAGGAAACCUGCCCCAGCUGCCCCGCGUGUGUGGACGCCAAGAUCGAGCAUUUGGUUGGUUCUCGCUUCAGCCGACCGUCUGAGCGGAAUCAGAAAAAUUCCCUCUCUGACCCUAAUAUAGAUAGAAUCAAUUUGGUUAUCUUGGGCAAAGAUGGCCUUGCCCGCGAGCUGGCCAAUGAGAUUCGAGCCCUGUGUACAAACGAUGACAAGUAUGUGAUAGAUGGUAAGAUGUAUGAGCUCUCCCUCAGGCCAAUAGAAGGGAACGUCAGGCUUCCUGUGAACUCUUUCCAGACGCCAACGUUUCAGCCUCAUGGCUGUCUCUGCCUUUACAACUCCAAGGAGUCUCUGUGCUACGUGGUGGAGAGCGUAGAGAAGAGCAGGGAGUCCACACUCGGCAGGCGAGAUCAUCAUUUAGUCCAUCUGCCCCUGACGCUAAUUUUGGUUAACAAGAGAGGAGACACGAGUGGGGAGACCCUGCACAGCCUGAUUCAGCAGGGUCAACAGAUUGCCAGCAAGCUCCAGUGUGUGUUUCUUGACCCUGCCUCGGCUGGCAUUGGUUACGGACGCAACAUAAACGAAAAGCAAAUCAGUCAAGUUUUGAAAGGACUCCUGGACUCAAAGCGCAACCUGAACCUGGUCAGUUCUACUACUAGCAUCAAAGACCUGGCCGAUGUUGACCUGCGAAUCGUCAUGUGUCUGAUGUGCGGAGACCCUUUCAGUGCAGAUGACGUGCUCUUUCCUGUCCUUCAGUCCCAAACCUGCAAGUCUGCCCACUGUGGAGGCAGCAACUCUGUUUUACUUGAACUGCCAAUCGGGCUGCACAAGAAGCGCAUCGAGCUGUCUGUCCUUUCGUACCAUUCCUCAUUCAGCAUCCGCAAAAGCCGGUUGGUCCAUGGGUACAUUGUUUUUUACUCAGCCAAACGUAAGGCCUCCUUGGCUAUGUUACGUGCCUUUCUUUGUGAAGUGCAAGAUAUUAUCCCUGUUCAGCUGGUGGCACUCACAGACGGCGCUGUGGAUGUCCUGGACAACGACUUAAGUCGGGAGCAGCUGACUGAGGGGGAGGAGAUUGCUCAAGAAAUUGACGGAAGGUUCACAAGCAUCCCCUGUAGCCAACCCCAGCACAAACUCGAGAUCUUCCACCCGUUUUUCAAAGAUGUGGUGGACAAAAAGAACAUCAUCGAGGCCACUCACAUGUACGACAAUGUCGCCGAGGCCUGCAGCACCACGGAAGAGGUGUUCAACUCCCCCCGGGCAGGCUCCCCGCUCUGCAACUCAAACCUGCAGGAUUCGGAAGAGGAUAUCGAGCCGCCGUCCUACAGCCUGUUUCGAGAAGACACAUCACUGCCCUCUCUCUCCAAAGACCAUUCUAAGCUCUCGAUGGAGCUGGAGGGAAACGACGGGCUGUCAUACAUCAUGAGCAAUUUCGAGAGUAAACUGAACAACAAAGUACCUCCACCGGUCAAGCCAAAGCCGCCCGUUCACUUUGACGUCACAAAGGGGGACCUCCCUUACUUGGAUCAGGGCCACAGGGACGGGCAGAGGAAGUCUGUGUCUUCUAGCACCUGGCUGCCUCCAGACGGGUUCGAUCCUUCAGAUUACGCCGAACCCAUUGAUGCUGUUGUCAAGCCCAGGAACGAAGAAGAAAACAUAUACUCGGUGCCCCACGACAGUACCCAGGGGAAAAUCAUCACCAUCCGGAAUAUCAACAAAGCCCAGUCCAAUGGCAGCGGGAACGGUUCUGACAGUGAAAUGGACACCAGCUCUCUGGAGCGAGGCCGAAAAGUGUCCAUCGUGAGUAAGCCAGUGCUGUACAGGACGAGAUGCAGCCGGCUGGGGCGGUUUGCUAGUUACCGAACCAGCUUCAGCGUGGGGAGUGAUGAUGAACUAGGGCCCAUCCGGAAGAAAGAGGAGGAUCAGGCAUCCCAGGGCUACAAGGGGGACAGUGCCGUCAUUCCGUACGAGACAGACGAAGACCCAAGGAGGAGGAACAUUCUUCGGAGUUUGAGAAGGAACACUAAGAAACCAAAGCCCAAACCCCGGCCAUCCAUUACAAAGGCAACCUGGGAGAGUAACUAUUUUGGGGUGCCCUUAACGACCGUGGUGACUCCGGAGAAGCCAAUCCCUAUUUUUAUUGAGAGAUGUAUUGAGUACAUCGAAGCCACAGGACUGAGCACUGAAGGCAUCUACCGGGUCAGCGGGAACAAGUCAGAGAUGGAGAGUCUGCAGAGACAGUUUGAUCAAGACCACAACCUGGACUUGGCAGAGAAAGACUUCACGGUGAACACUGUGGCCGGCGCCAUGAAGAGCUUUUUCUCAGAACUGCCGGACCCCUUGGUCCCAUACAACAUGCAGAUCGACCUGGUGGAGGCGCACAAAAUCAACGACCGGGAACAGAAGUUACAUGCCCUUAAGGAGGUACUCAAGAAGUUUCCAAAGGAGAACCAUGAAGUCUUCAAAUACGUCAUCUCCCAUCUGAACAAAGUCAGCCACAACAACAAGGUGAACCUCAUGACCAGUGAGAACCUCUCCAUCUGCUUCUGGCCCACCUUGAUGCGCCCUGACUUCAGCACCAUGGACGCCCUCACGGCCACUCGCACCUACCAGACAAUCAUUGAACUCUUCAUCCAGCAGUGCCCCUUCUUCUUCUACAAUCGGCCCAUCAGUGAGCCCCCCGGGGCCACGCCCAGCUCCCCCUCCACCGUGGCCUCCGCCGUCCCCUUCCUCACCUCCACUCCUAUCACCAGUCAGCCGUCACCACCCCAGACCCCUCCACCUACCCCCCAGUCCCCAAUGCAGCCACUGCUCCCCUCCCAGCUUCAAGCUGAACACACGCUGUGAGCCGCUGUGGCCUGGGCGAAGGAGACUCUUCGAUGGGGCGGCAUUUGGCCUUGAACAAACCAGUUCCUGAGGCAGGCGUGUCCGCGCCCCUGUGACCUCCUCGCGGCCUCAGCUGUAGCACCAGCCAACAGCAGACCAUUGGCUGGGGCGGGCGCCUGCACCCCGCACUGCAGCCUGGGGCAGGCAGCCCAGGCGCCACAGGCCCUGCCCUUUGACUCGCCCCGGAGAAGGGACUGGCUGGGCAGGGCCUCCGCGCGCCCACUGCUUCAGCCUGCCCCCGGCAUGCUCACACCAGCAGCCUCCGGCGCUUGCCCGCAACCUGGACAGAGCCCUGGCCUGGGAGGAGGAGGAGGAGGGGCACGAUUCAGACUUCCCGGGCAGCCUGGCGGCCCCUGAAGAAACCACUUCCCGUCCCUGUCUCUUUCCGCCUUCCGUAUCUGUACCCCCACCCCACGUGGGGCGUCCAGCCAGUCUAGCAGCUUCUUGGGAACACUUACAGGCCACACUCUGCGCCCCACGGCGCAGCGCUGAGCCACCACCUCGCGGUGAGGGCAGCGGGGGUGGCGGCCAGGACCAAGGGGCGCACCGCCCCACCCCUCGGGCCUCUGGACACAUUCCCCUUCAACAAAGGAACACUGGAAGAAAAAUGGAAACCCCUCCAAUAAUUUAAAAAAGAAAAGGAAGAAACUACAAGAAGAAAACUACAAACCUCAAGAUUCAGCUCUCUUCCCGUCUCUGAGAGGCAGACUGGCGGGAACCCACCUUAUCCUGUGACGGGAAAACAAGGGUGCCGGGGGUGAGGGCUCCCACCUUCGUCCUGUCACCAGGUCCCUCCCCAAGAAGACGGUCUGAACUUUCGGGGGGAAGAGCCAGGGAGACCGUGGGGCCCGCCCGGGCCCUGGUCUGCCUCGGGGUACUGCGGGCGGCGGGAGCACUGCCCUGUGCCGGGUGCCGAGUGUCUGGUGUGACGUGCAGCCGGUGCACCCCGGCCCGAGGAUGCCGCCAGCCAGGGAGCGUGGUGGGCGGGGAGCCCUGAGGUGGGUGGUCCGCUGUGCCCAUGCAGGCCCAGAGGCGCUAACACUAACAGCGAGCCCCAAAGCCCCUGGGCGCGGGCCCAGUGCCUUCGGCCCAGCCUCUGCUCCUCCCGGCCCCUCCCAGGACUGGCCUCCUGGGCCCUGCAGAGCCCUCCCGGUGCCCAGCUCUGCCCCGACACGGCACCCGCAGGGGCCGCUGCCCGCGCUGCCUGCCCCCACUCUGGUGGCUGGGCGAGGCCUCCGCGAGGGGCCCGGGUGGGGGCAGGGGCCCACAGCCACCCGGCCUCUGGGUCUCUUUGCACUUUAAGAAGCGGCACCUGUGGCUGGCCCUGGCCGCCCCGGGCUGAGGGCAACUUCAGCGUGCCUGAGCGCGGUCACGUCCGAACGCCCCGCAGCCCCCAGCCCUGUGGCUGUGGGAGGCCGGGUAGGCUUCUGCCCACUGACUUCUCCUCUGGGUAAGCUGGACGUCCUCCUGCUUCUAGUUCUCAUGUGGCAGAAUAAGGUGCUUGGAAAAACUAAAUUAUCCUUGCUGGUUUUACCGCCUCUUAAAAAACACAAGUCAAAAAACAAACCCAAGGUACAUGAAUGUUCUCUGUGGUGUUCACUGAUGGGUUUUUCUCUGCUGCUGGCCCGGGCCUGGAGCCCGGCUGGCUCGGCGAGGCCCGGCCUGAGCUGUGGCUGAGGUGGGCAGACCCUGGGCCCUGGUGCCGCCCCCGAUCAUUGCUCAAGCCCCAGGCGGGUGAGGCAGUUGCUCCACUGAAUGAAUCUUGACCUUUUUCUGGCUGUGCUCACCCCUCCUGGGGAGCCUUUCAAGGCUUUGGGUGGGGUGGAAAACCCCAGGGGGUGGCCUGGGGCCACUGUCCCUUUGUGAACUAAAGCAGAAGUAGCCCUGUCUCCCCCGUUUCCUGGUAGCGCCCCGCCUCCCUCUCCCGCUGCUCUGCCCCCAGAGACCUGCCAGUUGGGUGACUUCUCUGGUUGUGUUGCCCUGGGCGGGGUGCAGGGACCUGGCGUCUGUGCUUGGCACCCUCACUCCUGGGCAGGUAGCAGGAAGCUGGACUAGGUGGGCCCACGGGACCCCUGCACCCCAGCGAGCUGCCCCGGCUCCCCAGGGUGCAGCAAGGCUGGUGCCGGGCCCUGAAGCAGCGGGUUGGCUUCUCCGAGGUUUCCUCUCCUGGCCGCCUCCAGCCUCCUCCCAGCUGACAGACUGGAGGCAGCGGCGCUUGUUGCUUCGCGCCUCACACCCCAUGGGCGCGUGGGGGGACGUGCUGACCUUCAAGGCACAGACCCCUCGGGUUCAUCUGGUUCGCUCAGCCCCGGGAAGUGCACCCCAGCUCAGGGUAGCUGGAGGGGCCGGCGGGGGUCUGCAUUCAGUGCCCCCACCGAGGGUGCCGUGGGCUGAGCCGCGCAGUGCUGGAUCGUCCUGUGACCUUGUCUUAGCCGCACAUCGGGUGUCACCCACAUUCACCCUCACGUGCUGUCAAGCCCCCCCACCUCUUGACACCCGCGGAGCCACGUGGAGAGCGCCAGCUCAGGUCCCAGCUCCUGCCUUCCGCUGAGCAGGGAUGCGCUGGGGUGCGCGAGCUUGUGGACCACCCGGAGAGCAGCGCCCGCCAGAGCCCCCUGCCGCGGCUUCCCCUGCGCGGCCCCCCCAUCAGGGCAGGAGGCUGGGGCGGCACCCCCGGCCGUGGCAUUCUAACCUCAACCCUGAAACUUGAAAACCAGCGCUUGGCAUUUUGAUCUCAGCCCUCUGCCCUCCCUGCUGGCUGGAAAGCGCGCCGCACCACUGGGUGCCCGGAGGAGGCCCGGGCAGCGGGAGGUGGGCUCGGCAGCUGCCCUGCCUGCUGAAGGAGGCCCCAGGGACCUGGUGCAGUGGCUGGGAGUCCCCUCCGUCACCCUAAGUGAAGGGGCGCGUGCCGGGCGCCCCACGCCUUGCUGGCUCCGCAGGUAGUGGGCAGCGGAGUCGCCUUCAGCCGUUGCCGCAGGUUCGGGCCACCCGAUGUGCUUGGGGCGCGGAUGGACAGUCACCCCGUCCCUGUAAUGGCCCGCGGGCUGCCUGGAAGCCCCGGGAGGGCCCUUCCCCGCCGUCACCUCCCCGGCAGGACCCCUGGGGCCUGCCUGGUCUGCGGGGGCGGCAGCCCCCAGCCACCGCCCUGCGCACAGAGCAGCGAUGUCAACUUCCAUGUAGUCGAGACAGGGCGUAAGUUAUUGUUUGCAUAAAAAGAAUCAUGUUCCCUGUGUACAUUUAAAAAAGGAAAUGUCUGAAUUGUAUGGGAAUAAAAUUGUUUGAAAAUUCGGAAUAGUGCUGCUGCCAGCUUAUUUUUCUGGUACUUGUAUUUUCACAUGUUAAAUGAUCUUUAUAUAUGUUGAAUUAACAAAUAUUUUGAGUUUCCUGAGAAAAACAAAAGCAUAUUAAUGGUAUUGAAAUGUGUUAGUAGUCUGGCCAUGUGCCCAAAAUUCUGUUUCGCAGCAAAGUGGAGAACUGUAUGUAAAGAAAGUAUAACAAUUAUUUCUUUGUAUCUUCGGGGCUUUAACCAGGACAUCCUCUAGCUGGUGUUAGGAAUGUUUGCUUCAUUUCCAGACUUUCUUUGUAAACAGUCCUGGGUUUGAGGCCCCGGCCUGAUUAGUGCAUGGCCAGCUCUCAGCCGAGGCUGAGGUGUCUGACUGACGUGUUUUUGUUUGGUUUUGUUUUUUAAAAUCAUGUAUUUGCUACAAAGUAUUGUACUUGUCUCAAUGGGAAUGGUGUAAAAAACUGAAAAGGCCUUAUGUGAUAUGUAUCAUAGUUAAUAAAUCAAUCUUGUAAAAAACCAAA